AGGAGGAAGCUUGCGCCGCCUCGAUGUGCCCCCGAGAGAUGCAAGCUCCUGUGCAAUUGGAGCCGCCGAGAGAAGAGAAGAGGGCGCGGGAGCGCAGAGGAGCGAGGCAGGAAUAUCACCAGUGACACACAUCAUCACAACACGCGUAGCCGCCGAGCGUACGAGGGAGGAGGGUUGCGAUUAGACGCGCCGUGUCAGUGGCGGCAGUAGUCGGACGUGCAAGAGACGACGCGACGUAGAACAGAGGUCGUCACGUCGGUUCGCUGCUGCCGCUGAGAGGGACGCGGCGCGCCGCUCGUUGCUUCUGCGCUAGCGGCAGGAGCAGCACGCAGCUGCACGGACGACGGCGCAGCACGGGCUGAGCGAGCCUCCCGAGUGCCGUGCGGGGGAGCGAGCGAUUGGCGCGGGGCGAAGAAGGCGUGGAGACGGUGGAAACGUGCGUGGAACGUGGCCACGGGUGCCUGAUAUGGGGAACCUGUUAAAAGUGCUCACUUGCACAGACCUUGAACAGGGGCCAAACUUUUUCCUUGACUUUGAAAAUGCGCAGCCCACCGAGGCGGAGCGGGACUCGUGGCAGCAGGUGAACGGCGUGCUGCAGCAGAGCGAGGGCAUCCUCACCGAGCUGCAGGCCUACCGCGGGGCCGGCCAGGAGAUCCGAGAGGCGAUCUCCAACUCCAACGACGUCGAGCUGCAGGAGAAGGCGUGGAAGGCCGUGUGUCCACUCGUGGCCAAGCUCAAGCGCUAUUAUGAGUUCUCCCUCUGCCUGGCGGAGGCGCUGCGCAGCCUGCUCACGGCGCUCACGUGCCCGCCCUGCACGCCCACGCAGCACCUGGAGCGAGAGCAGGCGCUCGCCAAGCAGUUCGCCGAGAUCCUCCACUUCACGCUGCGCUUCGACGAGCUCAAGAUGACGAACCCAGCGAUUCAGAACGACUUCAGCUACUACAGACGCACGCUCAGCCGCAACAGGAUAAACAACACCUACCAAAUCGCGGAGAACGAAGUCAACAACGAGAUGGCGAACCGGAUGUCCUUGUUCUACGCCGAGGCCACCCCGAUGCUCAAGACCCUCAGCGACGUCACCACGAAGUUCGUCUCUGAAAACAAGACGCUCCCCAUCGAGAACACCACCGACUGCCUCAGCACCAUGGCCAGUGUCUGCAAGGUCAUGCUGGAGACUCCGGAGUACCGGAGUCGGUUCACCAACGAGGAGACGGUGUCCUUCUGCCUGCGGGUCAUGGUGGGCGUCAUCAUCCUUUACGACCACGUGCACCCGGUGGGCGCGUUCGCUCGCAGCUCCAAGAUCGACAUGAAAGGUUGUAUAAAGGUGCUCAAAGAACAGCCUCCGAACAGCGUGGAAGGUCUGCUAAACGCACUCAGGUACACGACGCGACACCUGAACGACGAGAACACGUCCAAGCAGGUGAAGAGCAUGCUCCAGUAGGGGGGCAGGGGGGGGCGGGGGGGCGUGCACGGACGAACGCCGCUCCGCCCGGACGGCGCGACCAUCGGUGGCGGUGAGGGCGGCGCGUCGUCCACGUCGUCCGCGUCAUACCGUCCCUGCAGAGGCCUCACCGGACCGGGCGGCCCGGUCGUGGUGCCGCACGUACAACGCUGCCACCACCGCCGCCUCCGAGAUGCUGAGCCCCGUUGCAUGGCCGCGUAAAUAUUCAUGUUUCCCCGUGACAGCCUCCGCCCCCUUGUACGAGUAACGGAACACGAUCGGAUGGCGGAGGGAAGGCAGUUUUAAUUGGUCGGUGUAAAUAUUGGCGUGGAGGGCCCAAUUAGUGAAUGCACUAUCUCGCUCCGUCGCUCUGUCGCUGGGUGCACGCGUGCCCCAUUAAUUGUCGCUCAUCCCUCCGAACCAGCGCUCCCCAGAAGUAGAGGAUUCGGCAGUUUCCCCUGGGCCGAGCGACCAGGACGCAGCGUAACCCUCCAGUCGUGCCAACGGGGCCGGAUUUAGGAAACCAUUCGGGGACAUUUUUUUCAGGGUCCAAAACUCCAGGGGACCCCAUCGGAGGGGAGGGGGGGUAAUAUUUGUUUGAAUCGAGCAAAGUCAGACUGUUCUGAUACGAGAAUGAUAUUAGUCAAUAAACCUGCCCUUGCUAAGAGCUUUCCAGUUCGGUUUUGAUGUCAUCAGUGUCCCCAAACCUGCCGUGUCACGCGCAGCCCCCUCUCCCCCCAUAGUGGGGGUUGUGGAUUUUGUCCCUGUGUGUGUGUCUAUGUCUAUGUGUGUGUAUGUGUCUUUGCCUCUGUAUGUGUGUCUUUGAGUGUGUGUGUCUUUGUGUAUGUAUGUGUGUGUCUUUGUGUGUUUGUAUGUCUCUGUGUGCAUGUAUGUGUCUUUGUCUUUUUGUCUGUGUGUGUGUCUUUAUCUACGUGUAUAUGUGUGUGUUUUUGUAGGAGUGUGCGUGCCUUUCUCUGUGUGUGUUUGUCUAUGUGUGUAUGUAUGUGUGUAUAGGUGUCUUUGCAUGUGUGUGUGUGCAUGUGUCUGUAUGUGUGCGUCUAGGUGUGAUUGUCGUACAUGAGUGUGUGGAGAGCGGUAGUGUAGCGGUUAGCUCUACGCUGCGCUAUGAACCCGGCGACCCGAGUUCAAUUCCUGCUCAUGGCCAACACCAGUGAUAAUUAUCUGAACCGGUCCUGGGUCUCCCCUAGGUCGACUCGGCCUCAAAUCAGUGUCUGUUGUGUGUGUAAACUAUAGAGGCAAAGGCGGCUUGCUAACAGCUCGCUCACAGAACCUGCCCCAAAAGCCUGCGAAGGCGAUGAGGUGGAUCUUUGCUGUGCAGUAUUCCCUCGUUAUUCGCGAGGGAUACAUGCUCAUGGGUAGUGACAUGGGCCUGGUAAAACCUACCAUUUUAUUGAAUUACCUUAAAUAAAUACAUACAUACGCUAUUGAAUGUGUAAAUUAUAAUAAUAUAUCUCGUCAUUUUCUUUCUCUCUCUCUCGAUGUAGUCGUGUAGAGUUCCAAAUACGAUUCUUAGCCAAAAUCAUGAAUAACAAGUUUAUGAAUAAUGACGGAAUGCUGUAUGUACAUGUUUAGAUGUGUGUGUGCAUGUGUAUGUGCAUAUCUAUGUAUGUGCGUAUGUGUGUGCAUGUUUACGUAUGUGUGUAUGUGUGUGUGUAUGUAUGUGUGUGUCAGUGACGUGCGGUGAGGUCAAUGGCUGGGGAGGCACUGGCUCGUGUCAGAGCCAGAUUCACACACUGAGGGAGGCGUGGCCUCACGGAGGGGGGCGUGUUAGACGCGUCACCCUCGGUGAGGCAGAUGUGAUGCUGCCUCCCUUGGUGCUUUUUCAUUGCAGUUUCAUGACGAAACCAGCGAGCCUAAAUAUAUUUAUACACAUACGUGAAAUGAGUUACCUGGAGUAUGGAAGGCGAGGACAUGAAACGAAGGGGUCUACAAACAUCACAUUGGUGACACAGAGAUAGUAACAGGCACGCGCUUAUUUCCCGCGCUCCAUCCAGUUACUGAGGGGUUGCGCAAUCAGAGGGGAGGCUGAGCUCGUCGCUGCCUCACCUCUCGUCUCUUCCUGUAUUUGCAGCGGAGCUCUGCAAAUUUGGCGAUUUUGACUUUAAAAAUUAUUGGAAUCGUACAGAAAUUACAUUUAUAUCACAGAUCAGUGGAAAAAUCUUAAUAUUUCUUUCAUUUUAUUAUUUAUUUUUUUUACUUUUCGUAACAGCUAUUUUCAUUAGAGCAUGACAGGUGAGGCUCUGCCUCCCCUGCCUCCCCUGACCGUACGUCCCUGGUGUGUGUGUGUAUAUGUGUGUGUGUCUAUGUGUGUGUGUCUAUGUGUGUGUGUCUAUGUUUUUUAUGCCCAGCCACCGCAUGCCUAAACAGCUUUUGUUCGGCCGGAUCGAGGGGGCUAGACGGGCGCGGCACGGGCUGGAGAAGAGAUGGAGUGAUGUGGUACAGGAGGACGUGGAGCUGAGUGGACUUGCCGAUGACUGGUACCAGCGGUGUCAAGAUCGGCCUCAGUGGAGGAGGCUCGUGAAGGACGCUACUGGGCAGUUGGAGGCAGUCGCCCUCCAACAACAACGGAGGGCGGAGGAGCGACGCUCACAACAACGAGCGGAGCGCCGGGUGGCUAAAGCACAGCAAGUUGGCACAGUAGGGGGCACAGGUGGUGCAUCAGCCAGUCAUCUCGGUCAUCUCGGUCAGUCGACCAGUGGCACCUGGGUCUGCCCCGUGACCUCCUGCCAGCGGGCUUUCGACACUUCACGUGGCCUCAAGGUGCACUUGGCCUGGCACAAGCAUCGUGGUGACGUCACCGCCACUUAGUGGCGAAUGGCGGUUGUUGUUGUUGUUGUUGUGUCUAUGUGUGUGUGUGUCUAUGUGUGUGUGUGUCUAUGUGUGUGUGUGUCUAUGUGUGUGUGUGUAUGUGUGUGUGUCUAUGUGUGUGUGUCUAUGUGUGUGUGUCUAUGUGAGGAGGGGGGGUGCUCUUUUUUGCUCGUGUCCUGGGGGGCACAGGUCCCUAAACCCGGCCCUGCCUAAGAAGGCAUCGUUGAAUCUAAACAUUAAAAUUGAUGCAUUUCCGACACAACAAACAGUCCUGCAUCAUUAAUAUUACAGUAGUUUAUUUACAAAAAAAAUCUAAUCGAGACAAUACCUUGGCUUUUACUUGUGCAUUCAUUAAUUUGUACCUUUUAUUAAUUCUGCCCCCUGCGAUCUUCGGGGAGGGCGUCGCGAGCGGUGUGAUUGCACGCGAGCCCUCUGCUUGUUCCACCGCUGCUGCUGCUGUUGCUGGCUGAAUGUCUCUGGGCUAGAUCGGAGUGUGCGUGCGAUGUAUCCCGAAUUGCACCGACGACUUGCUUGGGAUUACGGUCGGCAGAGAUUGGGGGGGGGGGGUGUUUGAGGAGGGUGUUCACAACGCAAGCCGGCCGCUGCGUCCCAGCGGACGUGUCGCGCUGCCACCGGCAGGCGUGCCGCGGAUGUGCGGCGCCCGUCUCCGGAAAGUCCGGCCGCCACAAUUAAUUGAGCCGAGCCGCGGCAGUAUUUGUAGUGAAACGUGCGGCAGCCCCGAGAGAGACCAAACACACGAGAGCGGGAGCCCCGGCGGUGUCCGAGUGCGUCCUGCGAGUGUCUUCGUGCGUGGGACACACGAAGACACUCGUGGCUCACGUGACCCACGUGAGUCACGUGGCUCACGUGACCCACGUGAGUCACGUGGGUCACGUGGGUCACGUGAGUCACGAAUGUCACGUGGGACACACGAAGACACUCGUGGCCCACGUGACUCACGGCCACCAACGGUGGGGGAAGCCAAGCGCUGUGCACGUUGAGGCUGCGUGCGGCGCUGCCCUCACCGUGGCGGGUCGGCACGUGGUGCCCGCCGGCUCGAUCGCCGGAUCCGUCGGCGAACGAUUUGCGGUUUCCUACAUCGGUCGAUUGUGGUUGAUGAUGGUGGUGGUGGUGGUGGCGGUGGUCGUGUGGUUCGUCGUGAUUAUCGGGCAGUGAACGUUUGCAUGUUGUGUCGACGCGCUUCAGUAUUUUGUGUUCAGAGUGUUGUGAGCUCCGGUCCCAGUGGCAGGGGAGGGUGGUGGAUGUGAAACUUGACUGUGUUUGUUUUCGCGGCUGUGGCUGUGCAUCUCCCCGAUGCGUUUUUGGUCGUGCCGUGUGCCAUUUGGCGCGACGUCCGACGUUUCGCUCCACAUGCUUGAAACUUCUCCAGGAACUGAAGCGAGCAGCUCACGUUCUCGCUGGUUUAUAUUCCGCUGCCGGCCGCUGCUGGGGCGUGUGGGCCCGGUCGACGUUGUUCACCGAGCCCUCCAAGUUUGGUGCGCGUGGUGCCGCCCGACGCCGCCGCCACGCGCGAGAGGAGAGAGACGUGAUCAUGGGAGUGUGAAACGUCGCCGUCGCGCCAACCGCGCAGCGCCACGGCCGCUGAAUUUUCUGGGCUCACCGACUCUCGGCGGCGGGUGUCCCCACUCCCCCUGAGGCUCCCCACUCCCCCUGAGGUUCCCCACUCCCCCUGGUUGUGCUUGUGAUGGACGUCUUCUCCUCGGGCUUGUCGACCCCGUGCUGGCGCACCAGCCGACUCAUUGGCGGUAAAAGAGGUCAAGUUCAACUGCCCUAUUGUCGUGGGGCGCAAUGGUAACCACAUCGAACUGGUAACCCAGAGGCCACCGGUUCGAUUCGAUCUCCGGGCGUGGCAGUUGAAACAGUGGUGCAAGUUUCUCGAAUCACUUUUCCCCUCUGCCCCCCGGCCCACCACUGCCUCUGUCUACAACGCAGUCGAUUGGCGGACCCUUGUGGUGGGACAAAGUGUCGGUACUCCGACCUCACCCAAGACACCUAGCCAAGUUAACCUCUGGAGGGGAGUCUCCAGAGCUCACCUCGAGCGGAGGCUCUGUGCCAGCAGUGGCGUUGAGCGAGGAAAUUGCAGCGCUGCCCCUUGACCUCUCAUUGAUCCGGCCCCGGCUUCGCCUGCUGCCUCCGGGCGGUGUGGGGGCCGCCGCUCGCACCCUGCACCUGGUCCGCAAGUCCAGAGAGGUGACGCGGCUCAUCCGGACGUUUGCCGUGAGAGUUGAAUCCCAGCACAGGGUGCUACUGAGGUUACUGAAGUAGCAGCAAGCAUGUCCUCUGAAUGUAUUCUCGAGUCAACCCCACAGUGUACCAGUUGCUGAGGUCAAAGUGUUUUGACCUCUUGAGACCCAUAGGGCCGCUGUGGGGGCUUGUGACUGUUGGUCACUACUGACCCACCUUGCCCCAGUUUUCAAUUGUCACCAAGAGUUUGGUGACCGCAUUUGUCGGCAACGCACCUUGCCAAGGUUUUGUGGCGGGGGCCUGAUAUCUCAAGUGUUCGGCGUUCGGCCGCACCUGAUGGAAGGCCUCAGAGUAGAUGGUGGUGGGAGGCCGUCAGGGCGAGUCGCUGCGUGUCGGCUGCAGCAGCAGCAGCAGCAGCAGCAGCGGCGGCGGGAUUCUGGCGGAGGGGAGACCGCGUUGGCGUGGUGCGGUGGCGUCGACGGCUUUGGCCACGGUGGCCUCUCGAGUGAUGAACUUUUGGUCUCUGCGGCGUGCUUAGCAGAGGCAUCUAAAACAACGGCGAGUCCAGCGUCCCCCUCGUGCCGCGAUCGCGGGGUGGGGGAGCGACGUUGGCACCGCGCUCGCCCUCGACCCUGCCGACUCGCGGCUCUGGCGAGAGGCGCCGCGUGCCGGCUGCUCUCGCGCUUGGCGCUUGGCCACCCCUCGUCGAAUCGUCGUCGUCGUCACCGCCGCCGUCACCGCGCUCCGUCCUUGUACUUCUCGUCGUGUCCAUCGCCGAGGUGUAUAUUUUUUUUUUAUCAACCAGCAAAAAAAAACAAAGUGGUAGUUUCAUUCCCUGUUUUGUACUCUUUAAAUUGUGUGGCGGCAUGCGGCCCCUCGAGUCGAUGUGCAGUGGAGUCGCCGUGACCGCAAAACAAGUUUUGUUACGGUGAGCAAACAAUUUAAACUUUACAUAAUCCCUUUUUAAACGAAUAAAAAAAAUACCGUGAAUGUGCAUAUUACCUUUUUUUUGUAAAUGUGUGUUGUAAAGCUGCAUCAAACUAACUUCUUCUGGAAGCACAAAAUAACUGGAUGUACCCGUGCGUACGUGUUGGUUGUGAAUAUUUCAAGCGGCGUGUGCUGUGUGCUCCGUGCACGGAGAUUAGUUUCCGUUUUAAAGCCCCUGAAUGUGCCAGUGACGGAGGGUUUUCUUGUUUCUUUUUGUAAAUCUGAUUAACCAUUUUCUUUCUACCAACAAAUAAAUCCUUAGUCCUUGAUAAUGACACGGGCUACUUUUUUUUUUAAACCCCACCCUGCAAUGUGAACCGUGGAAGUGUGCUGAACGUAUUAUUGACCUUUCUAAAAUAAAUGUUGGCCGUUGUAACCCA